GCCGGCCCUGGUUGCCGGGGCGGGCCCGCACGCAGCGCCCGAUCCCGGCCCGCGGCGGCGGACGCGGCCUCCCGGCCCCAUGGAGGGGGACAAGAAAAGAACCAAAGAAGAUACUUGGAAAGCAGAAGAACUUAGGAAACAUCUAAAGGCAUCACUACCAGAUAGUCAAAAUGAAGACCGAAAACACAGAGAAAAGAAACUGCGGAGGGAGAGGACUGUUCAUGACAUAGACCCUAACAGACAUGAACGCAGAGACAGAGAGAAGAGCAAGGAAAGAACAAGAGAGAGAGAGAGGUUGAAAUCCAGUGAAAGGGACAGGGAUAAAAGGAGAGAGAGAGAAAGGGAAAAAGAACACCAGAGAGAAGACCGAGAGAGACACAAAGAUAAGGUUCAAGAGUCAUAUUUGGAGGAGAGACACAGCAUAUUAAAGCAUAAAGACAGGGAGACUGAUAGAGAACGAGACAAAAAGCACAAGACAUAUGAGAUAAAGCAAAUAGAUCCACAGAAUUAUCUGAAAUCAUUUGAAGGAAGAGAUACAGAACAUCACAGAAGAAGAGAAAUCAGGCAUCGUUUGGAGGAGGAGAAAGCAAGAACUGAAGAGCAAGAAAGAAGACAUAAAGCACAGAAGGAUAAUGAUUUAAGAAAGAAAAUUGAAAAAUUUUUAGCCUACAAAGUUGAAGAAGGUGAACGUGUGCAGAGGUUAGAGAAACAUCAAGAGUUGGAUAAAGAGAGAGAAAGAAAACACAGAGAAAAAAAAGAACAUUCUGUUGGGACAGAAAAAGAGAGACUUCCUAAAGAGAAAAGUCAUAAACAUUAUGGAAAGGAAGAGGAAGAAAAACAUAAAUCAAAGAGAUCUAAAGAAAAAUCUUUCCAUGGAGACAGAGAAGAGCCAGCAGCAGAAGCUGAUGAGAGAGUAAAAAGUAGAGAAAAGGAAAGAAACAAAUAUGAUACAAGGAACAGUGAAUACAAAAAGGAGGAGAGGAUUCAAGAAGAAAUGAGCCAUCAGCUUGUAAGGACUGUAAAAGAUAAAGGAAAACUUGUUGAAACAGAGAACAUGGACAAAAGACAAGAGGAAAUGAAAGAUACACACAUCUCGAAUCCAGACACAGGACUUGAGGAUUUUUCUCUGAAUUAUGAAGAUGACUUUGAAGUCUAUGAAGAUGAUUUUGAAGAUGAUGAAGAUAAAAGUGGUGAAGUAGGAGAUGCAGAAGAAAACCCAAGAGAUGUUCAAUUUUCCAGAACAUCAGAAAUUGAAGAAAUUCAAAGAGCAAUUACUGCAGAAAAUGAUAGAAUUUUUACUCCAUUGCCAAAGAAACUGGAAAAUGAAAAAAAGGAAUCAGUCAUAGAAAGGCAAAAUUCUUCUGUCAGAAGCUCUUUUUGUGGAAUAUUCAUGGAUUUCCAAAUGGCAAACCAAAGACAAAGCAGCCGAAGUAUGGCCAGUAAGCAGAAAAAACGGAGUUCAGAACUUCUCCCACUAAUUGACCUGGAUUUCUCAGUUAGUUUUUCAUUACUGGAUUUGCCCCCUGUCAAUGAGUACGACAUGUACAUCAGGAAUUUUGGUAAAAUGAACACUAAGCAGGCAUAUGUUCAGUGUAAUGAGGACAAUCUUGAUAGAGACAUUCAGACUGAGGAAAUUGAGACACUGGAGAAAUGGACUCAGCAUCCAGGAGAAAGUGCUCUUGUAUCUGGAGGUCCCAUAAACAGCCAGGAUACAUCAGUGAAUGGAGCACCAACACCUAAAAUUGAUUCACAACGAUUAGCAAAUUUUCUCCGGUCUGCAUGCCAGGUGAUUGCUGUUUUGCUAGAGGAAGAUCAAGUUGCAACACAACCCAGGAAACUAAGAUCUCGACAAACCAGUCUGUCUAUUAGUGAUAGCUGUUUCCAGUUAAAUACUAACCAGCCAUUCCUCCAUGGCCGAAAAAUACCCUGCUUGUAUGUCUCCCAGGUUCAGAGGCAGACACUACUUUCUGCUCAUGGAUUACCUGAAAAGGCAGAUGUGGGUUUGCUGAGCAGAAAGAGCCUUAUAUGUGUUUGGAAUAUCUGGCAGCCCUCCAGUCCUCAGAAAGUUUUAAUAUGUGAUUCAGAGGUGAUAUGUUGCUGCUUUAGUCCCAGUAAAGCAACGUUAGUUUUUGCUGGAACAGUAGAUGGUUCAUUGUUAGUGUGGGAUCUUCGAGAAGACUCAAGAAUGCACCCUUGUAUGAUGAUCACUGAAACUGAGUGGACAUUUAGAGUUCCCACAUUUUCCACGGAUGGCAUUCUAAACUCAGUAAACCACGCCUCUCCUAUACUGGCAGUGGAACCUGUCUCAACUUCUCUCAACAGUGACCACAGUUAUGGGCUCUCAAGCCUGUCUUAUCAGGAGGAAAUGUCAGGCCCUCCAUUUCAGAUAGCUUCAAUGGAUGAAAAUGGAAUCCUCAAUAUGUGGGUAGUUGUUGAAUUGCAAAAAGCGGAUCUAGCUGGUUCACAAACUGACUUAGGCUUAGUUCCUGGAGGGAAAGUGAAGUUAGUACAUAGCUCUACUAUGGAAUUGAGUAACAGCCUUUUCCCAAAGGAUAUUAGCCAGAGAAUGCCACAGACACUGACUAUUAAAUUUCUGUCUUCUAAUCCCAAUCACUUCAUUGUUGGAACAAACAUUGGUCUGGUAGGCCAUGGUACAAGACAUCAUUUAAAAGUUGUUCCAAAGCUAUUCAGGCCCCAGGAGAGCAGGCUGAGAUCCAUAAGCAUCACUGCAAUUGACUUCUUCCCUUUUGGAAAGCCACUAUUUUUGGUUGGCUGUUCAGAUGGAAGUAUUAGAUUACACCAGAUGACAUCAGAGUGUCCCCUCAUGCAGUGGAAUGACAGCACAAAGGGCCAGCCAAUUAUUGCCCUGCAGUGGGCUUUGACAAGACCUGCUGUGUUCUUUGCCCUGGAUGCAUCAUCCAAUAUUUACAUUUGGGAUCUUCUGGAAAAUGAUUUGUUGCCUGUGGCCAAGCAGACUAUCCCAUCAGAGAGGGUUGUAACUAUGACUCUGCUGGGAGAGCCAGAAAAAGCAAAUGGAUUGUUAGGCAUUGUGCUGGCCAAGGAAUCUGGGCAGAUAGACAUUCAGUAUGUAAAGAAGAAGUGGGCAUUACCUCAGCCUGAGGAAUCUGACAAACUGUAUUCUAUUUUAUUGCAGUCUUUUUAGAAACAAUUGUACAAUUGGUUGCAAAAUGUGUAGUUUAUUUUUUACUUCAAUUAAAAAAUUUUAAUGUAA